AUGGUACUCGUGGUCACUUCUACCGCCCCGCGGAGAGUGCGAGACUACAAGAAGGGUUCCAAGAUGCCGCAGGGUCCAGCGGCCGGGCAACAGAAGAUGAGCACCAGGAAGGUCAGAGUAGAUGAUCCGUUCCAAAAGCGCUAUGUUCUGAUCUACAGCCUUGGUGAUGAGAUGUACAAGUGGGCUAGCCCUACAAGCAUCUUCCACUCCUUCGAAGAAUGGACAGAGGAGACGUACUCCUACCCGCCAGGCUGGGGACGAGAGGAGAAGACCUUUGAAGUACAUUUGCGCAACUACAAAGGCCACCGUUUCAACGGCGCACGGGCAUGGAAGGAGGCCAAAGACACUUGUCUGGUGAACUAUUAUGAGCGUCCGUCGGCCACAACAAAUGAAAGCUAUACAAAUGGAUGUAGUGAUCACUUAUCUUGCAGUGCAAUGUACCACCGUACUUCAUAG